AUGAAAUAUAUAGUUUUGUUAUUUUGUCCGUUAUUUCGUCUGUUAUUUCAUCUGUUGUUUCGUUUGUUAUUUUGUUUGUUAUUUUGUUUGUUAUUUUGUUUGUUAUUUUGUUUUCGGGUGGUUUAAAAUUAUGUUCAAAGGUGAAAUCUAAUAAUGAAUCAAUUAACGAAUCAAAUAGUGAAUCAAAUAAUGAAUCAAAUAAUAAUGAAUUAAAUAAUAAUGAAUUAAAUAAUAAUGAAUUAAAUAAUAAUAAUCCUAUAUUCAAAAUACAUGUAGAAUGUGGAAGUGGAACUUAUAUUCGAACUUUGGUUCAUGACAUUGGGAAAGAUCUCAAUAGUGAAGCUCAUGUAGUAGAAUUG